AUGCACGACACACAUCGUUCUCCCUCCUUGUCGACAUUUUUGUGCUCUUCGGAUUACUUUACUCCUGUUUUUAACCCUUCUCAAUCUGGUCUCGAAGAAUCUGAGCUUGGUAAUACCCUCCAAAAUGACACUAACGGCAUUCUUAAAACUUCUCGAGUGUCCACAGCUCUCCUGGUCCAUUGCAUGACCCCUCUUGACAAUUCGGCACACAUGGUGAACCCCGACAGCCUCCAGGAUGCGAACAGCGACGACGCCAAGUGCACAAAGUACGCACAAUGUCCCAGGCCUGUCUACUUAUACAAUGCCUUCCCCUCUGAAUCUAACGCCCUGGGUGUUGUCAUGGAGACCCACACAGGAGAUACUGGAGGAAAAGACGAGCAAGUAGAUACAGGCUGCGAGGAUGCAGUAGCAGUCCUCGACACCUAUAGACUGACGCUGCUCGUCGAACAUGCGAUUUUUGCCAUCGAUGACAACACAAUUCUAGGUGGCCCGCAUGUUUUUGCAGAUACCACAUUAACAUGUGCACAGGUGGAUUUCUAA